AUGGGAAACUACAUCGAGAGAUUAUGCUGGGACUUUUAAUUAUUAAAAACCCUGAAUACUUUGAAUCUAAGUAGAAUCCCUUUGAAUCCAAUAUGCUGCUAAAGAAUCGGGGAACUACUGCUUGACACACAAUAAUUAAGAGAUCUUAAUUUAUCAUCGUGUAAAAUAAAAGGCCAAGGAACUAGGUACAUCAUUGAAGGCUUUGAUAUGAAUAAAACUCUGACAUUCUUCAACUUUGGGUUAAAUGAUCUGAGCAGUGAAACUUAUGAGUAUUCCUCACAGUUGGGGAAGAUUUUAAGCAGACAUAGAAGUUUGAUGCAUGUAGAUCUUACCAGCACCAAUUUAAAGGUAAUAAUGCAAUUCAAUAUAAACUAUUACUAGAAAGAAGAGGUAUUAUUUGUUUGCCUAGCUAUUAAUCAUUCAAGAAGCAUUCUGAGUUUACAUUUAUCAGGGAAUGAAUUAGGCUAUUAUGAGAGAUUGUAUUUAAGAAAUCUUAUGAGAGCGACUGUUUAAUACCGCUUCAAAAACUUUGCCGAGAGGAAUGACUUCUAAACCAAAAGAGAGUUGAAUAAAAUAAGAGAAUUAACCUCUGAGGACUUCUAAUCGAAUGAUGUUAGGUCCUAUUUUGAGAACAGAAACUACCUAGAUAUCCAGCAAAAAAGUCUAGAUAAAGACUAGAUGAAUAUAAUAGAAAACGUUGAAAGUAUUUUCAAGCGAACAGAGGGUAAGGAUCCCAAAGAAAACUAUGAGGCUCUUCUAAACUAGAUAAAAAUUAAAUCUGAUGAGAUAUUUAGCUUACAAAAAUCAUAGAUAACCUCAGAAGACUAGAUUUACAAUGAGAUAUUUGAGAUGAUUAAAGCUGUUGAGAGUCCAGAGAGAUUAGGAUUAUAUAACGAGAAUAGAGGAGGGUAGAAAUAAAAUACCUAGGAUUCAAUGUUCAAGACAUAAUAGCCUAAAUAAGGUGACACUUGGGAGCUAUUAAAGAGAUUGAAAACAGAAAGAAUGAAGCAGAAGUUUGAAGCUAACUAAAAAUCACCCUCGAAGCAAAAAGAGUAGCAUGAAACAAACACAUCAAUGCUGUUUGGGGAUAAUGCUCAUGAUGCGAACUAUGAUAAUCCAAUGACAGGCUACAUGAAUGAGAUUAUUUUUACAAGGAUAGUUGGGCACGAGGACAUUCUGCUUGGAGAUUAAUGGAAAGAUGGAAGUUAAUGCUGGGUUUGCGAGAAAUGGACUAAACAGGUAGUUUAAUUUUAAGAAAUGGAUGAGUAAUUAAUGAAGGAGAGUAUAACUCAGUUAGAACAACUAAAAAAGGCCAUUUAAGAUGUCAUUAACAACAAAAGUUAGGUCUUCACUGUUUAAUAGCAAUCUCCAUCUCAAAUUCUCACGCCUAAGUCAACAUACAAUUUAAAAGAUAGAAGGAUGGUAUUCUCUGAAGGGAGGGUUGAUUCAAGAAAUCUUUAAGCUAGGUCUGUUAUUAAGAGCAACUAGCUAUAGACUAUAAAUCUUGCCUCAAUAAACUACAAAAAUUAAGAGCAAUUCAUUAUUGAAAAAGAAAAGAAUAGAAUGUAAAAGGUGAAACAAUUGAUAGGAGUUCAUUAUCCACCAGCUCUAACUUAGCAGCAGAUUGAAAAAUUGAUACUACCUGAAAAUUAUGCAAAGGUAGUUAGUUUUAAAACCAAGAGCUCAUUACUAUCAAAUCAAGACACUUUAAUUACUAACCCCAAAAUUGAAGUGAAUGUCUAAAAUUAGAAACAGCAUAACUUUAAUCUCAACAUUAACCAAGUGAAGAAUAAUGAAGAAAAUAAUAGAAUGGAUUAAAAAAAUUAAUAAAUUAAAGGAAGUCAAAAGACUAAAGGAAAAAGAAACUAUAGCAGCGGAGAUGAUGAACUUUACUCAAGUGAUGAUGUAGAUGACUUUGAAAAAGAUGAAAAGCUUAAUCAAGAUUACGUUAGGAGGAUCAUGCCUAGCAAAAAGCAGUCUAGCUAAAUUCCAACAGCAAGAUCCCCAAAAGAAGCAGCCUAGGGAGGAUAAAAUCAAAAAUAAACGAUAGUUGUUUAAAAUUAGCUGCAAUCCCCUAAUACAGAGCAAACCGUAGAAGAGUCGGAGAUAUAGGGUUCAAAUUAUUUGAAGAAUGAGAUAUAUGUCUGUGGUAGUUUCAACAAUUGGUUUCCCUUAAAGCUUUUGACUUCAGAGGAGAUUUAUAUGUAAAACAAAGAGCAUGAUGAAAAAAUUGAAGCUCUAAACUAAGCCCUCAGUAAGUAAACAACAUUCUCCAAGUAGAAAACUCUAAAUGAUGGGAAACCACCAAAAGAUCCACUUGGCAAAGAUGUAUUAAGAUUUGUGGAUUUUUUCCCCCCUGGAAAACAUUUCUUCUACUUUAUUAAGAACAUGAAAUACUAUUUCUUGUCUCCGAGGUAUGAAAUAGUCAGAUUCAAGGGUUCCCACCUAUUUCUAAAUCAGACAGUGGUUUAUCCUAGACUAGGCUAGUUGCAAGAAUUAAAAGCUAAAGAGGGUAAGUCAGCAAACCAAGAUAGAAGGUUUUUAAAAGAGAGAAGUGUAUUCAAAUCAUGGAAAGAUGAGAACGAUGAAAUACUGAAAAAAAUGUUUGACUGCGAUAUGGGAUACUCUAAGAUUCAUAGAAUUAUGAAGAACAAUGAGGAAGAAAUGAACUAAGUCAAAGACACUCUAUUUAUUUACUAUAGGCAGCUAAAAAAUAUCUUUGUCUUGUAUGCAAGUAUCUCAACUUACCCUGUAAUUUCCUGGAAUGACUUUACCAACUUUUGCUACAGAUGUAAAAUAAUAGACAAGAUCCUAAAUCUAUCAACUUUGGAUAGAGUAUUCAUCACAACUAAUGUUGCUUUGCAUAAAUUCUCUUCCUCUGCAGAUAGAUGCCUAUAAAGAUACGAAUUUAUGGAAAUUUUAAUGAGACUGGCUAAUGCUAAAUUUAGAGAUACCAACAUUUGCCUUAAUACUAGUGAUGCUCUAGAAAAACUUAUUCAAGAAAAUAUAUUGCCAAACUCAGAGUAUGUUGACAGUAAAAUAUUUCGAGAGCAAAUUUUAUACACUUACGAGGUUAAUGAGAUACUAGCUAGAAAUGAAGCACCUUUGAAGAAAGUAUUUGAACUUUAUACUCAUCCAAACAAGAAAUAUAUAACUCUUAGGGAAUGUAUUGAGAUAGUUAAUAAGAGAGCUGACAUGAAAAUGAUUGAAACAACGAUCGGUUACUGUUUCGCUCAAAGUCUUAUGCCAAUUAUUGAUACAGUAAAAGAUUAAACAAGGUGUGAUCAGAUGAAGUAUGUUGAGUUUUUGGAAUUCAUUGGCAGAAUUAGUUUUGAGUAUUAUAAGGAAAUCGGAGGAGAUGAAGAAACAUUGCUUCAUAUAAAAAUAGAUAAAAUACUGGGACCAUUAUUUAAAGGAUCUGGAACAUAUAAGCAUUUCUCAUAUCUAUCGUCCUAGAAUGUAGGACUUUCUGAAAGAAAAUCAUCAGAUGAAUCAGUAGAUCUUGAUGAAGAGGAACUUAUGAAGGCUAAUAAAAUGAUGGAAGAUAGUAAUGAUAAAUUUUAAAAUGAUGUGCUGUCAUAAUAGUAAAUGCUAAGAUUAGAAUCAUCGAUGAAACAAAGAGAGAGUUACUUCAAAAAAUAUUAGAAGAAAAUACUUAGUUACCAAAUCAAACUAUGA